AUGGGCAAGUGCUAUGGCCUUUUGAGCAUAAUUCUGUUAACCUUUAUCAUAUUUGCUGUAAUAGUUGGCAGUCUUGUUGACCAUCAGAUUCUUAACCUCAAGGGUAAACCAGACUUGAAUACAACAUUGCCAAUUAGACAAACUGCAUCGAUUUUCAAACAACCAGUAACCAAAGUCACAAAUCAUCCUAGUAAUAAAGUGAAAUCAGACCCACAAAGAAUGAAUGAGCAGCCACGUCAGCUUUUCUGGGAGAAGAGGCUACAAGGACUUAGUGCAUCAGAUGUAACAGAACAAAUUAUAAAAACCAUGGAACUACCUAAAGGUCUUCAAGGAGUUGGUCCAGGUAGUAAUGACGAGACCCUCUUAUCUGCUGUUGCCAGCGCUCUGCACACAAGCUCUGCACCAAUCACAGGACAGGUUUCCUCGGCCGCUGUGGAAAAGAACCCAGCUGUUUGGCUGAACACCUCUCAACCCCUCUGCAAGGCUUUCAUUGUCACAGACGAAGACAUUAGGAAACAGGAGGAGCGAGUACAGCAAGUACGCAAAAAAUUGGAAGAAGCACUGAUGGCAGACAUCUUGUCGCGAGCUGCUGAUACGGAGGAGAUGGAUCUGGAAAUGGACAGUGGAGAUGAAGCCUAAGAAUAUGAUCAGGUAACUUUCGACCAACUUUCCCCAAGAGCAAAUUUCUAGAAUUGAACAAAAGCGUUUCCACUGGGUUUUGCCUGUAAGAAAAAAAUGUACCCGAGCACAUAGAGCUUUUUAAUAGCGCUAACCAAUGCCUUUUUAGAUGUAUUUUUGAUGUAUAUAUCUAUUAUUCAAAAAAUGAUGUUUAUUUUGAGUCCUAGGACUUAAAAUGAGACUUUUGUAAUAUCAAGCAGGACCCUUAAGAUGAAGCUGAGCUUUUGAUGCCAGGUGCAAUCUACUGGAAAUGUAGCACUUAACGUGAAAUAUUUGUUUUCCCCCCUGUUUUAAUAUGAACCGAUCAGGAGUACCAAAUAAAUCUCCCAAUUAAAGAUUAUUGUGACUUCACUGUAUAUAAACAGAUUUUUAUACUUUAUUGAAAGAGGACACCUGUACAUUCUUCCAUCAUCACUGUAAAGACAAAUAAAUGAUUAUAUUCACAGAC